AUGAUCAAAUACUUUAAUAGAUGUAGUUCCACCACAAAACCUCACACCGGUCAUGCGCAGCUUGUCCAGCAGGGGGCAGCAGAUCCUCGGUGUGCUCACGGUGGCUCUCUCCUCUCUCCCCGCUGCUGCUGCUGCUCUCAGUCAGACCCGGACAUUCGCAGCCUCAGUCCGGGAGCUGACGUGGAGCUCCAGCCUCGUCCCUCUCGCACCAUGGCCCAGGUGAAGCAGGAGCAGACGCCGUGGGAGGACAGUGCGAACCUGAACCAGAAUCAGAACCUGGACCAGAACCCUGAUUGUAAAGGUUUUCAGAGCUCUCUUCUUCCACUUGUGAAAACCGAACCAGAAGAGGUUCACAUCCCAGACUUCCAGGAGUUGUCAGCUUUUCAGGAACCGAUAAAACACGAAAACGAAAGCUCAGACUGCGACACGGAUGAUACAGAAGACUGGGCCUUCAACAGUUCUGCGGAGAACACUCAGCAAUGCUCAGAAUGCGGAGAAACAUUUGGCUCCAUCUUGAGUUUGAGGAGACAUCAUCUGAAGGUGCAUAAGGACAAGUUGCCUUUCCACUGCCCGUUCUGUCAGAGGGGUUUUGCUUCCAACAGCCACCUCACUGACCAUCUCCGCAUCCACACGGGGGAGAAGCCGUACAGCUGCCCCGUUUGUGCCAAGACAUUUUCACAAAGGGGGAACAUACACCGCCACGUCAGGUACACGGAGUGCGCUGAAGAAUUCUCCAAGAAGACGCUGAGGACGCAGCACUGGCACCUCCACAACGGCGAGGAGCCUGAUAACUGCACCUUUUGCCGUCGAGUGAAUUGCUCGGAAUACGGGGAAGGUUUUACGUCACUGUCCAAGCUGAAGAUGCACGAAAGAACCCACAGAAUGAACAACAGGGAGUUAACGUUCCGCUGUUCGAUUUGCAAAAGGGAAUUUGGACGAAAAUGCCACCUGAACCAACACGCCAGGACUCACGUGGAGGAAUGGCCGUUCCGCUGUUCUUUUUGUUGGAAGGGUUUUUCGCGUCUGGGGAACCUGGAGCGCCACGAAAUGAGCCACGUGGAAGAGAAACCGAUCCAAUCAAAGACUCUGGAGGAAAAACAGAAGCGGAUUAAGAAGACUAGACCACUGAAAUGUACAAUCUGCAGUUUGGAGUUUGAAGAUCGCACUGAGCUGAUGUCACACGUCGGGACUCACUCUUGGGGGAAGCUAAUCGGCUGCUGGGUUUGUGGGAAAGGGUUCACACUGCUGAAGAAUAUGCUGCAACACGUGAAAGAGAAACAUCAGAGUGCGAUCCGUGACGAGAAGCUAGAGUCUGGAAGAAGUCAAAGUGAAACUGUUCCUUCUGAGCCUCCCGGUCGCUCUGUGGACUCUGCGACCAAUGAGUCAUCAAAAAACAUCCAUCGUUUGCGAAUGACCAGUUCAUGGAUCUCAGUGGACCUCAUGGAGACCUCCAGCACCUUCCUGUACUUCGCCUACGGCAGUAACCUGCUGAAGGAGCGUCUGCAGCUGAAGAACCCGUCUGCUGCUGUGCACUGUGUGGCCCGACUCCAGGACUAUCGGCUGGUCUUCGGUAACCACCGCGGCCUGGCGAGCGAGCGCUGGCAUGGGGGCGUGGCCACAAUCGAGCGCAGCCCGGGGGAGGAGGUGUGGGGGGUGGUGUGGAGGAUGAGCCUCAACGACCUGGACUCUCUGGACAUGCAGGAGAACGUGACGCUGGGGGCCUACAGUCCCGUGGAGCUGGUCGUGAGGAGCAGAGGAGCCAAGCUCAGCUGUCGCACUUACAUCAUGAACAGCUGUGUGUAUGCGCCGCCAUCUCCACAGUACCUCAAGGUGAUGGUGAUGGGCGCGCUUCAGAACGGGUUACCCGCCGAGUACCAGGCCAAACUGAGGCUCAUCAAGACCAACAUGUACCAAGGUCCUCUGCCGGUGAUGGACGAGCUGACGAGGCGGAUACAGAGCCCCGCCCACUUAUGA